GAGAGAGGGAGAGGCAGAGAGAGGCGCUCAUUUCGCACAGAGAGAGAGAUACGGAGAGGCAAAUCAGCGCUGGAGAAAAGAAGAAAACACUUUCAAGGCCAUAUUUCCAAUUUUUUUUACCCUUAAAAAUAAAAUCAAAGUGACCACCUUUUCCUUAAAAAAUAAAAGUUAAAGAAGCGGUCAUGGCCGGGAUCAUGGGACGCACGCCGCUCAUAUGCACCUUGCUCCUCUGGAUACUUCACGUUUGCAGUGGAGUUAUAAAUGUUGAAGUAAACCCCAAGGUGGAGGUGAAUGGAGGGGAAACAGCCAAACUGCCCUGUCGCUUUUCUGGUACAAACUUAAACGAUGUUAUUGUUCAGUGGUUCAUGGAGAAAGAUGGACAAAGAACACGAGUGGCUUAUCGUACAAAGCUUGGAGCGGAAUCGAUUGAUCCUGAUACUCCCAUUUCGAAACGAGCCAGUUUUUCUGGGGACCUUACCUUGACCAUCAAGUCUGUAAAAAUCUCUGACCAGCUUACCUACUACUGCGAAGUCAAUGCUGGAAAGGAAGCUAAUGAAAAUGCCACUAGGCUUGAAGUGUUUGUUACUCCCCAGAAGCCAGAAAUCAAAAAACCCUCUUCUCAGGCCAUCUCAGUGAAUCAAGGCAGUAGCUCAGAGAUCGGCACCUGCAACACAAUGAAUGGAUUCCCUGCUCCAAGGAUCAUCUGGUUCAAAGACGAUAAGCCUCUCCCCGAGGUCAAGAAUUCAUCCGAGAACACCUACAUGGUUCCCUCUACGGUGAAAGAGGCUUCGGGUCUGUACACCAUAAAGAGCAUCCUGUAUAUGAAGCCCACAAAGGCUGACAAGGACUCUAAGUUUCAUUGUACUGUGGAAUACAGCUUGGCUGGAUCACAGAACAAGAACCUCCAGAUGACCUCCGACCCCAUGAAAAUUGAACUUCACUAUCCUUCUGAAAAAACAAUGAUUGGUCUUUUAAAUGCUACAAAGGUGAAAGAGGGGGAUGAUGUCACUAUAAAAUGCGAGACCGAUGGAAACCCACAGCCGUUAAUAGAGAUUUCUAAAGAUGGAAAAAUCAUCGGUAACAAUGGUCUUCUGACACUGAAAUCUGUCAAACGUACUGAUUCUGGUAAAUACAUGUGCAAAGCUACAGACUUUGAUCAGUUGGACUUAGACCUAGAAGCUGAAAUGGACCUCGUUGUCAACUACCUUGAGCCGAUAAGUGUGACUCCCGCUGGGAAUCAAGUCGUCAUGUUGGGAGAGAAGAAGGAGUGGCAGUGUAAGACCAAGGCAUCUGAAGCUCACACUGUUCAAUGGAAAAAGGGAUCCACUGUGCUCUCUCAAGAUGGCAUCCUAUCCAUUGAAAGUGCUACAUAUGAUAAAGCUGGAGAGUACGUGUGUAUUGGAGCCGUUCCAGACGUCCCGGGACUGACAGCCGAGGCCAGUGUAAACCUGACUGUGAAAGGAAAACCCCAGAUUGAGACUCCUGCAGUGGCAGAGGUGACAAAGGAAGGGGAUGAAGUGACGCUAAAGUGUUCAGCUUAUGGUUUCCCCACCCCUCAGUUUACCUGGAAGCCCUCUGGAAAAGAGUCUGUCUUAAUUAAAGAUAACAAAGCUGAAAGCACUGUGACUCUACAAGCCACGCCUGAUGUCAUGCUGAAGGGGGUGACCUGUGAAGUCUCCAACGAGCACGGAACAGAUAGCAAGACCCUCCAAGUAGCUAUUAAACGAGCAAACACAGCUGAAGUGCUGCUCUCUGGAAACCCUGUGCUUACGUCAGCAGACAAGCAUCAGGGAGGCUCCAGCGUUGUUGUGGUGGCUGUGGUGGUCUGCGUUCUGCUUCUUCUGCUGAUGGUUGCACUCAUCUACUUCCUGAGCAAGAAGAGCACAUUUUGCAACAAGAAGAACAAAAAGGAAGCGGCCACUGGACAGGUAAACAACAUUGUGGUGGAGAUGAAGACGGAAAAGGCCAAUGAAGAAGCUGGUCUGCUCAACAAAAAACCCAACACAGAACAGUAAUCAAGCCGGACGACGGAAAUAAUUCUGGGGGACAUAAGAAAGUGGAUAACAGCUUAAAGGACAACAGGAUAUUUUUUGGUUUCUGAUUCAUGAUUGUAACAAACAAUAAUCAGUGAUGCUGGGUAGGGGUACAUGUUCAUGGCCUUGAAGAAUCACCAUGAUCAGCUUGGGCUUUGUUUGUUUUCAGACCUGGACUAGAACACCUGAGUGGAGAUUAUUAAGUUUUUUUGGGGUUCUUUUUGUUACAUAAAAUAGUUUAAGAAAUCCAUUCAACACACAGAUAAAAAACAAAAAGCAACAGCUAAAUGCUUCACUGGAUACUAUCUCUUUUUUUUCUUUAAUCACAUUAUUUUGAUAACCUUGUUGUAUGUUCUAUUUUGUGUCUUCAAUCAAUAAUUACAAAAAGCUUCUCUGUUUUGGAGUGUGUUCUUAAAUUACUUCAUAUCUGCUGGGAAUUUGGGGAAAAAACUCUCUUACUGUAAACCAUCUCAACUUGCAUAAUGUAAUCCUUCGAGCACAUACAUUUGUUACCGUAAAUAUUUGAUUGAGAGUCUCUGUAUUUUUGCUUUACCAAUGUUCUAUAAUGUUGUUUGCCACCUGCUUUUGUUUUGGAUGCAUUUGUCUUCAUUUUCCAUUCACAGUUUAUAGAAAGGUAUUUAAUAAUUCUCUUUAGAAUCACUUAUGAAUUGCAACCCAAUUCAUAAAAACACCAAAUGUGCAUUUUUGUCAUGCUUUAUUUUUACCUUUUUUUUUAAAGUCACAUCUAUGUAUAUUAUGCCUGUGCUCCUUGCUUUAGUUUUUUGUUGUUUAAUAUACUUUGUUAAAACAGCUUUUUCUUAUCAGAGAACAUGGUGAAAGUGGUUGCUAACAUUGUGUUUGAUUUAUAUUGAAAUAUGGGAGUGACGUCAAUUCCACGUCAAGCGAAUUCUGGUUGCAAUUCAGAAAAACUUUGUAAUUAGCCUACUUAGUGAUAGAUACUCAUUGAUACAAUGCAUUGAGCAUUUUAUUAUGUUUCUCUAUUUUUUGCAUUUAAGAAAAUAACAUUCUCAGAAAUAGUACAAGAAAUAUUACAAUACCUCCACUGGUUCAAAAACAAUAAGCUGUCAGAAAUAUAAACAAACAUUUCUGCACAUUUGUCUAUGUUUUAGUCAUGUGCAGCAGCAAUACUGAGCUUUAACUAGAGAUUGACUUGUGACUUCCAGCUGUCUGGAUUAAAGUUUCAAAUUUAAGUAAUGUUCAAUUUUAUUUUAUUUCUAAUGUGAAACUGAACAUUCCACCUUCAGAGUAGGAAAUGCUGCUGGUUAUUAUUUGAAACAAUUGGUGUCUCAGUUUAAGAUGUCCACCCUACGUGGACAAUCCCCCUGAAGUUUGUAUUUUCGGCUUAAACUCUAAAACGUCAUUUUUUAUUAUAACAAAAUGGGAUUAUCAAGAGGCGUUACAAUGUAGUGAUAACUUCUGAGAUAUGUGAGAUGUUGUUUACUAGUUUAAAUGUUUUGACAGGCUCAUCAUUAUACAGUCUGCAUUUAGGUACGUCAUUUAGACAUUUUUCUGUUACUGUCAGCAGGCCAAAAAAGAUUGGAUAGCAGGUUGAAUCCAUAUUUUUUUACUUUGCUAUACACUGGAACCACUAAACUUAAUAUUAUCCUUUAAACUAUGUCAGUUCAAACCACUAUCUGUGGCCAGAAUGUCUGUUGUCUGAGACUUUGACCACUAUCUAUAUUCUUUAUUUCUUACCAUGUUUUAUAUAAGAUUGUUGUAAUUUUUAUUUUUUUUUAGAAAGGGUAUUUUAAUUUUGGAACUACUGAGUUUUUUUUCCCAUACUUUUCACUUGCUGAACAAAGAUAGAACUUUAUGGGACUUUUUGUAUUCAUUUUUGUUUUUCGAAUGAGAUUUUCUCAGUGCUUUAAUUCUCUCCCUUUUUAUUGCAUACUGUAUAUUUUGUGGUACACUGUUGUGAUCAAUGUGGCGUGUUAAUGUAUCUUGUUUUUAUUUCUUUUCCAGCUGUUUAGAAUUUAUAAUGAAACAGGAAAAAAAAAGCUUAAGAAAGCCAAUCAUA